AUGUAUAUAUAUAUAACCAACUUCUCGUCUCAAUAAACCUAGUGGCACUGGCCUGAGUAGUUGCCAAGCAAUUUUACUUGGAGGAGUACUUUCAAGGUGAAACUUCAAAUUUAAAUGAGGUCUAGCCCUGCCUUUGUAAAUUAAUUAAGGUCUUCAUUAAUCCGUAUCUUAUUAGUCGUGUUUAAUAGUAUUGGUUUGCAGGUCUAUAAAUAGCAGCAGUCCUUAGUUGAAAGAUACACAUAAACAGUAUUGACCAAUCACCAAAUACACUUAGGUAUGUAGGGGAAACUCUGUCUCGAAUUUCUCCAAGACCUGGCACUGGACUAGCAAACUUCGAUUGCACCUGUGGUAGUACUCUCGCAUACCGCGCUUUCACUGGCUCUCGCCACCCUACUUGUCUUGGCUUGGCUUGGGAAUUCUGAAGAUCGUCACUACAUGGGGGAAAUGAUCAUUUUUUGGUUUUUGGUGAUGGUGGGGUUGUUUAUGAUUUGGCACCUCAUGUAUGGACUGGUCGCUUGA